AUGGAUACGAGACGAUUGGAACAAGCCCUUGAACAAUUGCCACAUGACACACUCCUGACCGAGAUUCCUCAAGUACAAAACUCCAUAAAGCACUUGUUACGCUCCAAUCGGGAGAUGCGAGACUAUGAUCCAGAAGGCAAAGACAACGAUCUCUUGGCAGCCAUUUCAGAAAACGAAUCACUCAUACAACGUUACGAGGCGCGUAUUGACCUUACACUCAAGGUGAUCCGUGAACGGCUAGGAGAAGCAGCAGCACGAGAAGUGGGUAGCAACGUGGACGCGUUUAGGCAGCAAUAUCCAACGACUAGUAGUAGUAAUAGCAAUGAUGGCGAUGAUGGCGUCUUUCUAUGA